CUUCAGCCGGACUCUUAUUCUAGAGAUUGCGCAUCGUCCGUUGGUUUCGGGAAGUUACGUUCCCUUCUGAUACUUUGUGACAUUUCGACCGAUUCGACAGGACAGCAGGAAGGAUCUCUUCCCUUCCACUUCAUCCCAAGCCAUGGAGAUCAACUCAACCUUGGAGCGUCGGACCUUCUCCAAGCCGGCUUUAUCUUACUCAAUAGAAGAAAUACUGAAAAAACCAGCAAACCAAAAUAAAUCUAAAGAAACGUUGAAUUUGGGAUUCCAUGGGGCCAAGGAAUUGGCAAUCAAGUCGCCUGUUAAGCUGAUGGGUUCCAUUGUCUGUUAUGCUCCAGAACAAACUCCUCCAUCCACAGCCAGUCCAGGUUCGCCCGGUGGGACAUCGAGUGACCUCACGCUGAGAUCCGUGUCUCGUCUCCAUGAGAAAGGAAGUGAGGACAGACUCGAGACGGAAGAUGAAGCCGGCGACCCCGUGCAGGACGGAGCUCCAAGUGACCGAAAAAGCAAAAGAAGAAUUAGGACGACUUUCACCGUCCACCAGCUGAACGAGUUGGAGAGGGUAUUUCAGGUGACGCAUUACCCCGAUGUCCAGACCCGAGACCAGCUGGCGGCCAAAAUCAAACUCCCGGAAACUCGGGUACAGAUUUGGUUCCAAAACCGUCGAGCAAAAUGGAGGAAAUAUGAAAAACUCUGUAAUUUUGGAGGCCUUCAGCACCUGACAGCCGUAGACAUGAUUCCUGCCCCGAAACCGGACUCUACGGCUCCGAACAUUGACCCGACAUCGAGAUAUUACUCACCCUUCCAAAGUCACCUUUCUUCCAUGGUGGUACCAGACCUUGGGAUAAUCCGACUCCCGCCUCCGCUGCUUUUCCCCCCACAGUUAUCUUCUUACCACCUUCCUCGGAGACUUGACUAUAACAGCGUCCUGGCCACCCCGACAUAAAA